AAAGUAAUAAUUGCUAUUUGUUAUCAUUCAACAAGUAAAACAAUAUGUCCAAGAAAAUAAAGACCAUGAAAUGGGAUUCAGUGCCUUUAGAUGGAUUUCCAGCGUCAAUGAUGGACAAAUUCCAUGGAUUUGUUGGACUGGAGGAGUGCACCGACUAUGGUCUGGAUAAAAGCACUAAGCGAUCAAAAAGGAAAAAACAAGAUAAUAUCGCAAAACAAAAUGAAUCAAAGCCAAAAGAUUCAAAGAAGCGUAAACAUAAAGAACGUAAAAAUGCAGAAGAAGCACCUACAGUUCCAAGCAAAAGAGUUAAAUUAAGCAAUGGUUUUGUUGUGGAGGCUUGUGAGAAAGUGGCACCAUCUGCAACCAAUGAAAUUGGCAAAGAUAAUGAUUUAAAACAAAAUAAUACACUCUAUACAGGUAAUCGAACAAACCAUAAUAAAAACAAAAAGGAGGUAAACAGUAACAAGACAUCCACCACAGAUAAAACUCAAAAUAAAGGAAUUAAACCUAAAAAACGAAAGUUAGGCGAAGACAUUUCUGAGGUGGUAUCCAGUUUGACACCUGAAGAUAUGCUAUCCUGGGCCGAGUUUAAACUGCCACAGGAAAUUGUUGAUGCGUUGAUGGAGCUAGGAUUCAAAAGACCCACUAAAAUACAGCAGUUGAGCUUGCCGGCUGCUAUACAUGGUAGAAGAGACAUCUUAGGAGCUGCAGAGACUGGUAGUGGCAAAACCCUAGCGUUUGGACUUCCAAUUCUAUCUGGUAUAAUGAAAUUAAAAGAAAAAGCAGAACUAAAAGGUCUAGAUGUUUAUGAUAUACCUUAUAAAAAGACUUCAGUGAAAAAGAAAAGCAAAUUGGAAGUUGAAAAAGGUAAAAAAACCAAAAAGAAAGGUAAAAAAGAUAAGCAAGUUAGUAGAAAAGAAAAAGAAGUAAAAGAAUCUUCUGAAGAUGGUUACAGUUCUGGUGAUGACGAUGAAACGAAUGAAUCGCCGAAAGUCGGUGAUGAACUAAAUAGUGAAGAUUUUAUAGAAGAAAUUGAAGUACCGGUCAGAAAACGUGAAGGAUCAGUUGAUGAGGGAAAUGAUAGUGAGGAAGAUAGUUAUAUCCACUUGUCUGAUAUGUUGGAUUCUGAUGAUUUGAAAUCUAGUGAUGAUGAUGAAAGUGAUAAAGAUGAUGGAAAUGAUGAAGAAGGUGAUGUAAAUGAGGAUGAUGAUGAAACAGAUGGGGUUGAUGAAGUUGAUGCAAAGCAACAAGGUAUAGGAUGUGUAAAAGUAAUAGAUGAUGUGGAGUUGCCGGGAACUGUAGUGAUUAAAACUGGGAAGCCUUUGUAUGCCCUCAUCUUGACACCUACGAGAGAGCUCGCCAUACAGAUCAGUAGGCAUUUGAUAGCGGCCGCUAAAUAUACAGGAAUAAAGGUGGCCACCAUAGUAGGCGGCAUGGCGGCGGUAAAACAGGAAAGAGUGCUUCGGUCCGGACCAGAAGUGGUGGUGGCCACUCCGGGACGGCUGUGGGAGCUGCUCGGUCAGGGGCAGCCACAUCUGCAGCAACUUCCCGCUGUCAAAUUUCUAGCAAUAGACGAAACGGACCGAAUGCUAGAGCGUGGCCAUUUCGAGGAACUGGAGCCUCUGUUGGAGAGACUCAACUCCGACGAAGCGCAUCGCAGCGCCAGGCAGAACUUCGUGUUUUCAGCCACUCUUACAAUGGUCCACGAUUUGCCAACCCAUAUGAAAGGGAAAAAGGUUACAAAAGGGGGUAAAAUAAUAAACAGGAAAAUAGACAAAAUGACUCCUCAGCAAAAGAUCAAGAAAUUGAUAAGCAUGAUUGGGAUGACGGAUCCUAAAGUAGUGGAUAUAACUACGGAGAAUUCAGGCACAGCAGAAACGUUGACGGAGUCUCGGAUAACGUGCUCGUUCGAGCACAAGGACGCCUACCUGUACUACAUACUGAAGCGACACCCCGGUAGAACCAUCGUGUUUUGUAACUCCAUUAGCAGUGUUAGACGGUUGGCGCAGCUACUGACAUCGCUGAAAUGUCAGCCGCUGCCUCUACACGCGAGCAUGCCGCAACGACAAAGGCUGAAGAAUCUCGAGAGGUUCCGUGACGAUCCUCACGGAGUGUUGGUGGCCACGGACGUAGCAGCGCGAGGACUCGACAUACCCGACGUGGACCAUGUCAUACAUUACCAGGUGCCCAAAACUGCUGAGAACUACGUGCACCGCAGCGGGCGGACGGCGCGCGCCUGCAAGGAAGGCCUCACUAUCCUGAUGAUGGAGCCUGCUGAGGCCUACUCCUAUUCCAAACUCUGCAGGACUCUGAACAAGACGUCGGAGCUAGCGAGCUUCCCCGUGCCGUCCCACAGCCUGGCGCCGGUGAAGGAGCUGGUGAACUUGGCUCGCGACCUGGACGCCCUGAUGCUGAAGAAGCGGAGAGUCACCCAGGCUCAGGGGUGGCGGGAUCGCGUCGCUAAGGAGAUGGACAUGAUCGUUGAUGAUGACGAUGUUCCAACAGCCAAAAUUGACCCUUCAAUAGACAAAGCCCUGAAGAUGAAGAAGAAACAGCUGGAGUCCAUGCUAUCGAGACCCCUGUUCCCUAGGGGGUUCUCCUUCAAGUACCCUACACUCAACGACCCCAAUGCACUGAACAUGCCGGAGGAGAAUGCUUUACAGGUAAUGAAAAAAGCUAUAGAAACGGGCGAGCUGAAGAAAGAAAAGAGGAAAGGCAAAAACGACGCGCUCUUGAAGUUAGAAAAGAAGUUCCAGAGACUUUAAAUUAUGUAAAUAAAUGCGCUAUUUGAAA